AUGAAGGGCGAAAGAGCAAGAAUUACAUGGCUCGUAUCAACUCAAGGGAGAAUAACUUCUUUUGGAGGCGACAGCCGUGGUAGCAUUGACUAUCGGCAACAACGAGCUUACGCCAAUGUAGUCUUUUAUAUUCGCGUCAUAUCAUUCCCGAGCCAGCCCGCGGCGCCCGGGCCUGGCUGGCUGCUUCCCGCCUCAGCCGCUGCGCCGGCUCCCGCCGCCGCCGACACCGUCCAGGCGGGCGCGGCGGAACGCGAGGUCCUUCGGCCCAGCCCGGUCCGGUGCGGCCCGGAUCCGUGGCACGGGAGGACCCCUAUAGUGGACCAUGAGUCGGUAAUGCCCACUGAGGACUUCUGGGAGCCAUGUCAGACGAAUCCGCCUCAGGGAGCGAUCCAGACCUGGACCCGGACGUGGAGCUGGAGGAUGCGGAAGAGGAGGAGGAGGAGGAGGAGGUGGCAGUGGAGGAGCAUGACAGGGAUGACGAGGAAGACCUGCUGGAUGACCCAUCCCUGGAAGGCAUGUGUGGCACUGAGCAUGCCCAGUUGGGGGAAGAUGGGCAGCGGCCGCCGCGGUGCACUUCAACUACCUCAUCUCAGUCUGAGCCUUCAGAGCAGCUUAGGCACCAAGGCAAGAUCCUAGCAUCCGAAGACCCCAAAAAGAAGAGAGCUCAGAAGCCCUCUCAUAUGAGAAGAAA